UGAAAGUAGUGGAAAGCCUGUGAAUCCAAGCACAUCAGCGGCUACAGCUAUGGCUGAGCGCCGCGCAUUCGCCCAAAAAAUCAGCAGAACUGUAGCAGCCGAGGUGAGAAAACAGAUCGCUGGUCAGUAUGGGGGCUCCCCACAGCUCCUCAAGAACCUCAACGUGGGUGCCGCCGCCAGCAACACCGUUCCUCUCACAGAGGCGGUGGAGCCGGUGGACUUUGAGGAGUACCUCAUCACCCAUCCCCCCAUCAUCGAGUCGGGCCCCCUGAGGGACCUUAUCGAUUUCCCCCCAGAUGACAUCGAAGUGGUAUACACCCCCAGAGAGUGUCGUACCGUGGGACAGGCCGUGCCUGAGGAAGGGGACAAUGAUGCCCACGUCAGAGAUUGUGUCAGGUCCUACACUGAGGACUGGGCCAUCGUCAACAGAAAAUACCAUAAGCUUGGUACAGGAUUUAACCCUAACACCCUGGACAGGCAGAAGGAGAGGCAGAAAGGCCUGCCCAAACAGGUGUUUGAGGCCGAUGAGAUGCCAGACGUUAGCACUUACCAGGACGACCAGGAUGAUCUGAAGCGUAGGUCCAUGUCCAUAGAUGACACCCCGCGUGGCAGUUGGGCCUGUAGUAUCUUUGACCUGAAGAACUCUGUCCCUGACGCCGUCCUGCCCCACCUGCUUGACCGGGCCCCCAACGAGGAGAUAGACCGCCACAACGAGGAGCACCGCAAGUCCCACCGCCACCGUGAGCUCUUCGCCCUGCACCCCGCCCUCGAUGAGGAAGAACCCAUAGAGCGCCACUGUGUGCCUGACGUCCCUAAGGAACAUUUUGGCCAGAGGCUACUCGUCAAGUGCUUGUCCUUGAAGUUUGAGAUUGAAAUUGAGCCCAUAUUCGCCUGUUUGGCCUUAUAUGAUGUCAAGGAAAAGAGAAAGAUAUCGGAAAACUUCUUCUUUGACCUGAACUCAGAGCAGACUAAAGGGAUGCUGCGCCCCCACAUCCAGACAGCAGCCAUCUCUACUCUCGCCCGCUCCGCCAUUUUCUCCAUUACAUACCCCUCACAGGAUGUCUUCCUCGUCAUACAGCUGGAGAAGGUGUUGCAGCAGGGAGACAUAGGAGAAUGUGCAGAACCGUACAUGGUCUUCAAAGAGUCUGAUGCAGCCAAAAACAAAGAAAAGUUGGACAAGUUGCGGAGCCAGUCGGAGCAGUUCUGCACACGUCUGGGUCGGUACCGGAUGCCCUUCGCCUGGACAGCCAUCCACCUGAUGAACAUCGUGAACAGCGCCGGCAGUCUGGAGAGAGACACUGAGCUGGAGAUGGGACUUCCAGAGAGGAAAGGGUCGUGGUCUGAGAGGAGGAACUCGAGUAUCGGCGGACGGCGCUCAUUAGAGAGAACCACCAGUGGAGAUGAAUCGUGUAGCCUGACCAGCUUCAGACCUGCAACCCUCACCGUCACCAAUUUCUUCAAACAGGAGGGAGACAGACUGAGUGAUGAGGACCUGUAUAAGUUCCUGGCUGACAUGAGGAGGCCGUCUUCAGUGCUGAGGAGACUGAGGCCUAUCACAGCCCAGCUGAAGAUCGACAUAUCCCCGGCCCCAGAGAACCCCCACUACUGCUUGACCCCUGACCUCCAGCAGGUCAAGCCCUACCCAGACAGCAGGGUUCGCCCCACCAGAGAGAUACUGGAGUUCCCCCCCAGGGAUGUCUACGUACCCAACACUACCUACAGGAACCUACUGUAUGUGAACCCACACAGCCUGAACUUCGCCAACCGUCAAGGCUCCGCCCGGAACAUCACAGUGAAAGUACAGUUUAUGAACGGGGAGGACCCCAACAACGCUAUGCAGGUGAUUUUUGGGAAGUCCAGCUGUGGAGACUACACCAGAGAGGCAUACACUGCCGUGGUGUAUCAUACCAGGUCCCCGGACUUCCAUGAUGAGGUGAAGAUCAAGCUGCCGGCCUCUCUGUCUGACCACCAUCAUGUCCUGUUCACCUUCUACCAUGUCAGCUGCCAGCAGAAACAGAACACCCCCCUGGAAACCCCUGUGGGAUACACGUGGAUCCCCAUGCUUCAGAAUGGACGCCUGCGUACAGGAAGCUUCUGUCUGCCGGUGUCUCUAGAGAAACCUCCCCAGUCCUACUCUGUUCUCUCCCCUGACGUUCCUCUACCAGGGAUGAAAUGGGUGGAUAACCACAGAGGGGUGUUCAACGUUGAAGUGACAUCCGUUUCCACCGUCCACACACAGGACCAGUACCUGGAUAAGUUCUUUGCGUUGGUGCAUGCCCUGGACGAGCACAUGUUCCCUGUGCGGAUUGGAGACGUGCGCAUCAUGGAGAAUAACCUGGAGGCGGAGCUAAAGUCCAGCAUCGCAGCACUAAACUCCUCCCAGCUGGAGCCCAUCGUCCGAUUCCUCCACCUCCUAUUGGACAAGCUGGUGGUGCUGGUGGUGCGGCCGCCUGUCAUCGCAGGACAGAUAGUGAAUCUGGGCCAGGCCUCGUUCGAGGUGAUGGCCUCCAUAGUGAAUCGGCUCCACAAGUACCUAGACACCAGUCAGGACAUGCACGGCAGAAACAGUCUGCUCUCCUCUUAUAUAUACUACGUCUUCAGACUGCCCAACAUGGACCCCAACUUCCCCUCACCAGGUCCUGGAGGGCUGGGUGGUUCAGUCCACUAUGCCACCAUGGCCAGGUCAGCCCAGCGACCAGCUAGCCUAAACCUCAACCGCUCCCGUAGCCUUAGCAACAGUAACCCGGACAUCUCCGGAACACCCACGUCCCCUGACGACGAGGUCCGCUCCAUCAUCGGCAGUAAGGGUCUAGACCGCUCCAACUCCUGGGUGCACACCAUGGGGUGUAAGAGCACCCCCUGGGGAUCCAGCCCUGUCUCUGAUACUGACACCAUGCAGGCCAUGGAGCGCUGUGGCAACCGCAUGUCUUCGCACACUGAGAGCACCAGUUUCUUGCAAACUUUAACAGGACGGUUACCCACCAAAAAGUUGUUCCAUGAGGAACUGGCACUACAGUGGGUGGUGAGCAGUGGCAGCGUCAGAGAGGGAGCUCUCCAACAGGCCUGGUUCUUCUUCGAGCUCAUGGUGAAGAGCAUCAUCCAUCACCUGUACUUCACCGACCGGCUGGAGUCGCCCAGGAAGAACCGUUUCCCCGAGCGCUUCAUGGAUGACAUCACAGCCCUGGUCAGCACCAUUGCUGGGGACAUUGUCUCACGCUUUCAGAAGGACCUGGAGCUGGUGGAGCGUCUUAACACUAGCCUGGCCUUCUUCCUGAAUGACCUGCUGUCUGUCAUGGACCGAGGCUUCGUCUUCUCACUCAUAAAGACCUACUGGAAACAGGUCUCCACUAAGCUGUACAUGCUGCAGAACCCCACUCUGGAGUCUCUGAGGCUGGACUUACUGAGGAUCGUCUGCAGCCACGAGCACUAUGUCACCCUUAACCUGCCCUGCAGCCUGCUCACGCCCCCCGCCUCGCCGUCUCCCAGCGUGUCCUCCGCAACCUCGCAGAGCUCAGGCUUCUCCACCCAUGCGCAGGACCAGAAGAUAGCCAACAUGUUCGAGCUGUCUGUUCCCUUCAGAGAGCAGCACUACCUGGCUGGACUGGUUCUGUCUGAGCUGGCUGUCAUCCUGGACCCAGAGGCCGAAGGGAUGUUUGGCUUACAUAAGAAGGUGGUCAGUGUGGUACAUAACCUGCUGUCCAGCCAUGACUCCGACCCCCGCUACGCUGACCCCGAGGUCAAGGCCCGCGUCGCCACGCUCUACCUGCCGCUCAUCGGCAUCGUCAUGGAAACACUUCCCCAGCUUCACGACUUCACAGAGUCCCAUAACCAAUGGGGUCGUCCCGGCGGUGCUCAGGGGGCCGCGGGUGGGGCCGGGGGGGACGAGUCUGGAGAGGACGGCAACAGCAUGAUCAGUCAGACCGUUGCCAUGGCAAUAGCAGGGACUUCCGCUCCGAUAUCUCGUCCCAGCAGCUUUCUGCUCAACCCACAGGCCAGUCGUCAGCAUGGCACCUUCUCAGCAGAGUCCAGCCGCAGCCUGUUGAUCUGUCUGUUGUGGGUUCUGAAGAAUGCUGAUGAGUGUGUCCUACAGAAGUGGUUCUCUGACCUGUCUGUCUCCCAGCUCAAUCGUCUGCUGGACAUGCUCUACCUAUGUGUCUCCUGCUUCGAGUACAAGGCCCAUGUUGUGUUCACCAUGCAGGGGAAGAAGGCCUUUGAGCGCAUGAACAGCCUAACCUUCAAGAAGUCCAAGGACAUGAAGGUCAAGCUGGAGGAGGCCAUACUGGGGAGUAUCGGGGCACGGCAGGAGAUGGUCCGUCGCAGCAGGGGACAGCUGGGUACACUAGAGAGGAGUCCAUCAGGCAGUGCCUUUGGCAGCCAGGAGAACCUACGCUGGAGGAAAGACAUGACACACUGGCGCCAGAACAGCGAGAGGAUGGACAAGAGCCACAGAUCACUCAGGUUUAGAGACAGCGUCCUACUACGCAACCCAGGGAGUCGAACCAAAACCCAAACCCAGGAGCCUUUAGUUGUUAGAACCAGAGCGGAGCUGGAGCACGAAGCACUUAUUGAUGGUAACCUGGCAACCGAGGCAAACCUGAUCAUUCUGGACACUCUGGAGAUCAUCGUUCAGACGGUGUCUGUGACAGAGUCUAAGGAGAGUAUCCUGGGUGGAGUGUUGAAGGUGCUCCUCCACAGCAUGGCCUGUAACCAGAGUGCCCUCUACCUGCAGCACUGCUUUGCUACACAGAGGGCUCUCGUCUCAAAGUUCCCCGAACUGCUGUUUGAGGAGGAAACAGAGCAGUGUGCUGACCUGUGUCUGCGUCUGCUGAGGAACUGUAGCAGCAGUAUCGGCACCAUCCGAGCCCACGCCUCCGCUUCACUCUACCUGCUCAUGAGGCAGAACUUUGAGAUCGGCAACAAUUUUGCACGUGUGAAGAUGCAGGUGACCAUGUCCCUGUCCUCCCUGGUGGGAACGUCUCAGAACUUCAACGAGGAAUUCCUCCGACGUUCCCUGAAGACCAUCCUGACCUACGGAGAGGAAGAUCUGGAACUCCGGGAAACCACCUUCCCUGAUCAGGUUCAGGACCUGGUGUUCAACCUCCACAUGAUCCUGUCUGAUACAGUCAAGAUGAAGGAGCACCAGGAGGACCCAGAGAUGCUCAUAGACCUCAUGUACAGGAUCGCUAAGGGUUACCAGACGUCUCCAGACCUGCGUCUGACGUGGCUGCAGAACAUGGCGGGUAAACACUCUGAGAGGACCAAUCACGCGGAGGCAGCCCAGUGUCUGGUGCACAGCGCCGCCCUGGUGGCAGAAUACCUCAGCAUGCUGGAGGACCGCAAGUACCUGCCGGUCGGCUGUGUCACCUUCCAGAACAUCUCUUCCAAUGUGCUUGAGGAGUCAGCAGUGUCUGAUGACGUGGUGUCUCCUGAUGAAGAGGGUAUCUGCUCUGGGAAAUACUUCACUGAGGCUGGCCUGGUGGGGCUGCUGGACCAGGCUGCUUCCUCCUUCUCCAUGGCUGGUAUGUACGAGGCAGUGAACGAGGUGUACAAGGUACUGAUCCCCAUUCACGAGGCCAGCCGGGACGCCAAGAAGCUGGCCACCAUACAUGGUAAACUACAGGAAGCCUUUGGCAAAAUCGUACACCAGAGCACUGGCUGGGAGGAUGGGAAGAGAAUGUUUGGUACGUACUUCAGAGUGGGACUGUACGGUUCUAAAUUCGGGGACUUGGACGAGCAGGAGUUUGUAUACAAAGAGCCUGCCAUCACCAAGCUGGCUGAGAUCUCACACCGACUCGAGGGGUUUUAUGGCGAGCGCUAUGGAGAAGACCAGGUGGAAGUCAUUAAGGACUCCAAUCCUGUGGACAAGUGCAAACAGGACCCAAAUAAGGCUUAUGUCCAGAUCACGUACGUGGAGCCGUACUUUGACACAUACGAGAUGAAAGACCGCAUCACGUACUUCGACAAGAACUACAACCUGCGGCGGUUUGUCUACUGCACACCGUUCACACUGGACGGGCGGGCGCACGGGGAUCUGCACGAUCAGUUCAAACGCAAAACCAUCCUGACCACAUCCCACGCCUUUCCCUACAUCAAGACCCGCAUCAACAUCAUCCACAAAGAGGAGAUCAUCUCUAUGCCCAUCGAGGUGGCCAUAGAGGAUAUGCAGAAGAAGACCGGAGAGCUGGCCUUCGCUACCCACCAGGACCCAUCGGAUGCCAAGAUGCUGCAGAUGGUGCUGCAGGGGUCAGUGGGGACUACCGUCAACCAGGGACCUCUGGAGGUGGCCCAGGUGUUCCUGUCAGAGAUCCCCAGUGAUCCUAAACUCUACAGACACCACAACAAACUACGCCUCUGCUUCAAAGACUUCACCAAGAGGUGUGAAGAUGCCCUGCGUAAAAAUAAGAGUCUGAUUGGUCCAGACCAGAAGGAGUACCAGAGGGAGUUGGAGAGGAACUACCAUCGCCUGAAGGAGGCGCUACAACCACUCAUCUGCAGAAAGAUACCCCAGCUUUAUAAACCCGUGCUGCAGGUCAACUCUCACAGAGAUUCCUUCAGCAGAAUGAGUCUUCGCAAGCUUGAACUUUGAAGAUGAAGAGAAUUGAAGGAUCACAACCUUAAUUUAUUAAUGUGUAAAUACUGAUGAUCAGUGUCUUGAAAAGUCAGUGUUCCCCAUAGAAGGAGAGCUAAAGUGUUACUACGAAGUCGGUACAUCAUUCCAGUGUCUUAUUCCUUUACAGGCAGCCUGUUACGCAAUCAGUGGGUUUAACAAAGUGGAACUUACUAUUUACGAUGUGUCAAAUCUGUAUACAUAUUUCAUGUGUGCACCUUUUUUUCAUUACAUUUUAUGACUUGAAAGUUUAUUAUUUAAUCCAAAAUGAGAAAAAAACAAGCAAAAUAUGUGCUACCACUCUUUAUCAUAAUGCUUUAUUUUUAGUUAAGAUACUUUUGUUUAAAGUUAAGGAAAUGUUUUAAACAUCAUGAAUCGUUUUAUGUAGUUUUUGUUUACUUUAAGUAUUUUACUAAAUCAAUAUUUUAAUGUCCAAUGGAUGCAUUGGUAUUUUCUUUGAGAUGGGAGGUUAAUGGAAUAUGGGUUUCCCAGUCAGGGUAUGAUUUCCAUGGUUACCUAUAAACAAAUUGACUUAAUUCAAGCAUGUCCCCUGAAACUCAAAAUAAGAUCAGAGGGGCGGCAUUAGAGGGAAAACUGGGCCAAAGAUUAUGGAUAUACUGACAAGAUGCAUGUCUCUCUCUCCACACAAUGGGAGUCUUUGUCCACAAAGUGGAAUGGUCUGUCUAGCUCCCGCCUAUCCUUUCUUUGGAUUAGUGGAUACAUCUCAUUAUUGUAAUCCGUUUAAAAAUAUAUAUAUAUAUUCGAUGAGGGUUGUUGACGUCAACCGCCUGUGUUCAAUGGAGAGAGAUGCUAUGCUACUAGCCUCAUGUAAUGAAUAUGCAUAGCCAUCUCGAGACCUCUCCGGUAGCAGUGUGUGGGUAAAAUCACUGGGGAAUCCAAGCCAUAUUACAGCCAUAUGUGUUGUGAUAAUUGCGUUGUUUGUUCUGUAACCUGUUAGUUGACAUGCCUUGCGACCGUGAUAUAUAGGCCUAAGGCCGAGUCAAUAAGAAGACACAGUGGCAGAAUAAAUUCAACUACACCUUUUUCAUCAUAAAACCAGAGAGAAAUCUCUGUCUGGUGAAGUCCACAAGGCAUAUCGCAUUUAACAAACCGUUACAUGACCUACAGCAUGCAAGCAAAUUAGGGUUUCCGACGACUAAACAACUAUUGAUUUAAAACCCCUGAGAGUUACCGCCAGUCGCAAACAGGAGCUGCCUCCACUCUUCCAACAUCAAAUCACCUACGCUUUAGUCUAAUACUGUGACAACUAAAAGAUACCAAUAACAAUUUAGUCCUGUCAACGUAAGGUAAAUAUGAUGUGGCUGUCCAUGGUUCUGAUUUGUGUGUGUUCAAAUAGAAAAAACAUUUUGACUCACCGUACUUGUAGAAAAACGCCAAUGCCAUCCUCUCUUUCAUGUAGACGAAACAGUCUAUGACUGUCGUACAGUACACAAUUGUAUUUUUUGUUGUUCUAAGCUACCGGGCUAAAAUGCUUGCUCGCUAGCCUCAUUUCAUUUCAUGGGCAAUGAGGAUGACAACAACGAGAUGCAACAAUUCAAGUUUCUGUCAAUGACUUAUUGCGCUCGAUGUGAAGUAAAGUCAAGCUCAACAAAACAACAACAAAAAGUGUCAAGUCAAGCCAGUUUGGGGCUUGACUUGACACUUUUUUUGUUUUGUUUUUUGUUUUGGUGAGCCAGGACCAUUCACAGUUGAGCUAGCAGAUUGGCUAUUAUUGAACCUUUUUGUUUUAUCAAGGCAGGCCAAAUGCAUGCUGGCUUUUCUUGAAUUCAAUGCUUUGGGGUGGCAACAUUGUCAUACUCUUUUUGACCAGACAGAAUUAGAUAGAUGGCCUACAGAGGAAGAGGGCCGUUGUUUCGCUCACUCGGAUGCUUUCUCUGGUAAGAUACAUUCAGCCUUGUGUGAAUUUAAAGAAAAUUAUGAAACAGAGACGAAAGAUACAUUUAUUUUAGAGUGCAUUCGGUAAGUAUUCAGACCCCUUGACUUUUUCACCAUUUUGUUGCGUUACAACUUUUUCUAAAAUGGAUUGUUAGUUUUUUUCAUUCCCAUAAAUCUACACACAAUACCCCAUAAUGACAAAGCAAAAACCGGUUUGCAAAUGUAUUCAAAAUAAAAAACAAUCACAUUUACAUAAGUAUUCAGACCCUUUACUCAGUACUUUAUUGAAGCACCUUUGGCAGCGAUUACAGCCUCUAAUCUUUGGUAUGAGGCAACAAGCUUGGCACACCUGUAUUUGGGGAGUUUCUCCCAUUCUUCUCUGCAGAUCCUCUCAAGCUCUAAGGUUGGAUGAAGAGCGUCGCUCCACAGCUAUUCUCAGGUCUCUCCUGAGAUGUUCAAGGCCGCUCUCUGGCUGGCCACUCAAGGACAUUCAGAGACUUGUCCCGAAGCCACUCCUGUGUUGUCUUGGCUGUGUGCUUAGGGUUGUUAUCCUGUUGGAAGGUGAACCUUCCCCACAGUCUGAAAUCCUGAGCGCUCUGGAGCAGGUUUUCAUCAAGACUCUCUCUGUACUUUGCGCUGUUCAUCUUUCCCUCGAUCCUGACUAGUCUCCCAGUUCCUGCUGCCAAAAAACAUCCCCACAGCAUUUUGCCACCACCAUGCUUCACCGUAGGGAUGGUAUUGGCCAGGUGAUGAGCGGUGCCUAGUUUCUUCCAGAUGUGGCACUUGGCAUUCAGCCCAAAGAGUUAAAUCUUGGUUUCAUAAGACCAGAGAAUAUUUUUUUUCUCAUGGUCUGAGAGACCUCUAGGUGCCUUUUGGCAAACUACGCUGGCUGUCAUAUGCCUUUUACUUAGGAGUGGCUUCCGUCUGGCCACUCUAUCAUAAAGGCCUCAUUGGUGGAGGGUUGCAGAGAUGGUUGUCCUUCUGGAAGGUUCUCCCAUCUCCACAGAGGAACUCUGGAGCUCUUCCAUUUGGGUUCUUGUUCACCUCCCUGACCAAGGCCCUUCGUAGCUGGCCGCACGUCCAAACUAAGCAAACGGGGACGAGUCUUUUGGUAGUUCCAAACAUUUUUAAUUUCAGAAUGGAGGCCACUGUGUUCUUAGGGACCUUGAAUGUUGCAGACAUGUUUUUGUACCCUUCCCCAGAUCUGUAUCUCGACACAAUCCUGUCUCGGAGCUCUACGGACAAUUCCUUCAAUCUCAUGGCUUGGUUUUUGCUCUGACAUGUACUGUCAACUGUGGGACCUUAUAUAGACAGGUAUGUGCCUUUCCAAAUCAUGUCCAAUUAAUGGAAUUUACCACAGGUGGACUCCAAUUAAUUUGUAGAAACAUCUCAAGGAUGAUCAAUGGAAACAGGAUAUACUAGACCUCAAUUUUGUGUCUCAUAGCAAAGGAUCUGAGUACUUCUAUAAGAAAAGGUAUUUCAGUUUUUUUUUAUUUUCAAUACAUUUGCAAAUAUUUCAAACUCUGUUUUCGCUGUGUCAUUACGGGUAUUGUUUAUAGAUUGAUUCAAUAAUCCCCUCCCUCCCCCUCUCAAUUUUAGAAUAAGGCUGUAAAGUAACAAUGUGGAAAGGGGCAAGGGGUCUGGAUACUUUCCAAAUUCCCUGUAUGUUUUGGUACAUUUUGGGGGUUGGAAUCUUGGCUUCCCUUGGCAUCAACAAGCCACUGUCUGAACUAGUUUAUUCUCAAAGUUGCCAGGAUGUCACGUGUCCUACUUACGUUUGUAACAACUUAAGCAAUUUAAGCAUUUGUGAAACUUAUAUUUGAUCAAAUAAACCUCAUGUAGCAAAUAAGCCAUAAAAAUGUUGUCCAAAUUCGACCACACUCAUUGACCUACGUACAAAGGCUCCUUGCUCGGCGGGUAAAACAACGAAAAUACGCCUCGUGCUGAAGGGAGACAGAUUUUUUGCCGAGUGAGACCUCUUCCUCUUUCACUGGGCCCAAAAUAAGUCUGGUUGUCCCUAGUUACCACAGCCACAAAGUCAUAAACCCUGCCUAUUUCUACAAUUUUAUCUUUUUAAAUUUGAUUUUAAACCUAACCUCAACCACACUGCUAACCUUAUACCUAACCUUAAUUUAGGACCAAAAAGCUCAUUUUAGUUUUUUGGGUGACUUUGGGGAAACCGUUGUGCCUGUUCACACACACGUAUCUGCCCUCUCAUUGGCUAGAAUGGCCCCACCUGAUCUUUCCUCCUCCCGACUUUUUAUUGUUUGAGCGGCCUCUACAGUAUCUGGUCAAUGUAAUGGAUAAUCUGUGAAAAGAUGCAAUGCAACCAAUUUUUUUUUUUUUUUUUUUUUUUUUAAAUAAAUGUUUAACCUUUUUCUCCCAAGAGACCACAGCCCGUCGUUUCAAAAUGGAACAAAUUAGUCAUACUGGGCAGAACAAGCAAGGAGGUGGGCAGAGCCAAGCAUGAGCUAGCGAGAUCUAAUUGGUGCAUUCUAACAAUUUGUAUAUUUCAGUUAAGAAACGCCUACUCUGAAGUGUGCGUGUACAAUAACUUAAUUUGCCUUUGCACUCCUCAACCAUGCAAUUUUUAAAAACUUUGGCAAAGUGUAAAGUCUACAAAACUUUAACAGAUUCUAAUUUUGGGAACAGAACUGUAUUGAGAUCAAAAGUUUAAUUGGUGAGAACAUUUGCGAAAUGUCAGCCAAAAUUCAAUCAGUUGCGAUUUUUGCAUGUCAAUCUUGGGGCAAAAAAAAGGGAUGCAUACCAGCAAAGCCACUACACAUCACUAAACAAUACAUUAAUUGUACUAUAACGGUGACAAAUGGUGCCCACAAACUGUUAGGACCUACAUUAAGCUGUCCCAACAUCUUACCACUGCUACACCUGGCUAUCAGCGGAGCCUUGUCUGGCAGCAAAACAGUUCAUUCAGCCUCAUUUACUGCCUUUGGAGAAAAAAAAUGCUGGUAUGGCUGACUUGCUUAAAUAAAUGUGGUUUCUAAUGACAAUUGAUAUGUGGCAUAAGGGGACGACAAGCGGAUAAGAGGCAAUCCACAAUUUCGAUUAAGACAUUAAUGAGCAAGCUCGGACGGACAUAGUCAAUAUAAAUAACUUUGUUUAUCAUUUUUUAAAUGUACCACGGCAGAAUUCAGAACAUGGGCUGUUCUUCGUGUUCUCCCUGUACACCAGGUCAGAACUGUAUGAUAAAUAAGGGGGGCUUAUAAGCAGAUAAUGAUAGAUCUUACAAUAUUCAAUGAUUACCUUUCUCUAAAACAGGUUAUAGGCUGCAUGUGCACCACCAGGUCAGAACAGUAGGUGAAAUUAAGAGGGGUAAAUAGACCAAAUUAUUAGGGUGAAUCACAUGGGCUACGAACAGCUUUCUACACAACAUAGUAAUACUUUCUUAGCUACAGUAUGCAUACUGCAUAAUUUAUGCAGCAGCAUACAAUACGUUUUUGGACGCACCUUGUUGUGCUGUGCUCAUGUAACAGUAUAACUUUAGACCGUCCCCUCGCCCAUACCCGGGCGCAAACCAGGGACCCUCUGCACACAUCAACAACAGUCACCCACGAAGCAUCGUUACCCAUCGCUCCACAAAAGCCGUGGAACUACUACUUCAAGGUCUCAGAGCAAGUGACGUCACCAAUUGAAACGCUAUUUAGCGCGAACCACCGCUAACUAAGCUAGUGUUUCACAUCCGUUACACUCACUUGUGCUGUGCUCUCUGGAUUUAUGGCGCUUUCAAAACAACUGGGAACUGGGGGGGGGGGGACGACAAGAUUGAAUCAUGAUGAUGUCAUUGAUCUUCAGGUCGUAGCUCUAGAAAGAGGCAGGAUUUACAAUUCCAAGUUGGAUGACCGUUCCCAGUCGGAGCUCGUUUAUUCCCAACGUACCAGUUGUCUGAAGUCAAGUUUUUGUCGUUCUGAGUUGUUGUUUUGAGCGUGGCACAUAUCAUGCUUCAUUGACUGCAUGGCCAACGUUCAAUGUUUAUAAUUUUAAACUUGGAAAAGAGACCCUUACGCCCAGAUUUGGGACCACACAGCCACUCCACUGAAUAGUAGCCCAGUGAUUGCAUGGCAAUGCUUGCAGUUAGCCACUGUCACUGACUCCUUCCAAACCACUCAUUGUUGAGUCUGGGAUUUCCAACUUGUUGUGUGACGUUUAUAUCCAAUGGCCGAUGAGCACUGAUACGUUUUCAUUUCUCUUCAUAUGACAAGGGUUAAAAGGGAUUUGGAUGGGCACUUCUAAUGUACUCUAUGGCAGCACCCAAGGGGCUAGACUUUUCUAGCUCUACCCUUCGACUUGACGGUGACGUACUGUCCCCGUGAGUGACAGAACACUGAGCCAAGCACGGCGCAACACUUGUCCUACUACCACAGAAGGCACUGAGCUCGGCUGAAACACCUGCAUUUUGGAGCGGCCUUACUCAAGAAAACAAGAGACCCCGUUUUUAUGCGGCUUUAUUAACACAAUUCUAUAUAUUUUUACAUUGUUUGCAAACUGAUAUGUGACUCGUAUUAAUGCCAAAAGAAUAUGCAAAAGAGGCUAACUUGUGUGUGUGUGUGUGUGUGUGUGUGUAUAUAUAUUUUUUAAAUAAUUUGUGGGGCUCGAAUAACGGGUCGCCACUGCGUUUUAUGUUCUCACAUUGUGUUUCUUAAAACGCCAAGCGGAUGCUGCCCUCAUCUGUGAUGCAACAUCUCCAAUGUGCUGGCUACGUAGUGGAUCUCAAACGUGUCAUUCAAUCAUUGGUUAAUUUGGGCAGCGUGCAGAAAAUGAAUACUUAAAGGUUCUACAGUUGUAGGUGUAGUAAUCUUGAUAAUCAUUUGGGAAGAACAAUCACAGUUGGAGGGAGGACUAAACCAUUUAACAGGGUAAGUAUUAUUAAAACCGCAUUUGAAGACUAUGCAUAGAACAUAUUAUGGGAAGAUGAAGGCCGUGUUGGACGAAUAUAUCACCUCGUAAAUUUCGUUAUGUCGAACUUUCAUACUUGACAGAUAAUCAAUGAUUUGCUCAAGUGUAUGGCAAUGUUGCCUCAUGAGGAUGGGGGCCGGACAGGGUCUGAGCCACAUUCCGUUGCCAAACCUUUGUUGCAGAUAAAAACGUUGCAGAUAAAAAAAGGCCAUUAAUAGAUGAGUCCUUGUUUAACAUGUUUGUUCUACAUAACUGUGAACGUUCCAAAACGUGUCCUGUUGAACGUGCCACUGUUCUACAUUUACUUGGACCGGGGGUGGAAAAAGUACCCAAUUGUAAUACUUGAGUGAAAGUAAAGAUAACAUAAUAGAAUAUUACUGAAGUGAAAGUCACCCAGUAAAGUACUACUUGAGUAAAAGUCGUAUGUAUUUGGUUUUAGAUAUACUUAAGUAUCAAAAGUGAAUGUAAUUGCUAAAACUGUAUACCGCUGACCUGGACGCUGUGUCCACCUGAACAUGCCCAGGCAGAGCUAAAUUGAUUUGCUGGAGGAACAAAGAUUCGAGCAACACCCAAGGUGAGGGAGGGUUGAAUGCUCUGGAUUUUAAAACCUCUAAUAUAUUUAAGAUUAAAUUGAUACAAAACUAUUUAAGAAAUAAGGAUUGCAUCUGGAAUGUCAUCCCUAAUUUAAUAUUCCAACAAAUUGGUGGUCUAGAAUUCUUACUCAAAUGCAACUUUGAUAUGGGUAAAAUCCCUAUUAAGCUUGCAAACUUUCAUAAACAAGUACUUCUAACUUGGAACCUCAUGUACAAACACAAUGUUUCCCCUCAUAGGUAUACAAUCUGGAAUAAUAAAGACAUAAAUUACAAACACAAGUCUUUGUUUUUCCAGAACUGGUUUGACAACAACAUGAUUUGGGUAAAACAAUUAUUGAAUAAUGAUGGACAACUAUAUGAUUAUCCAGAAUUUAUUACAACACACAAUGUUACAUUCACUCCCGAGGAGUAUCAAAUUGUUGUUCGAGCUGUCCCUAAAGGUGCUACUUUCAGGAGAAUGUAACAGUACUCCAAGGGCAACUGUUGAGGAUUUUGUAGCCUCAAAACAAUUAGAAGGAAUUGACAUUUUAAACUAUAAAUGUAAUAACAUGUAUACAAGGAAACUAUGUCAAUAUGUUACUAUUCCCUCUGCUAAAAUGUACUGGAAUGCAGCUCUAAGACAAGUGAACUGGAACAAAGUUUAGUUAUCUGGUAAAUAUUGUAUAUCUAAUAAGGUGAAAGAAGUAUCAUACAAACUCAUUCAUAGAAUCCACUCUGUAAAGACCUUUAUUAUACACAGAUUUAAAAUAGCUAUUGAUAACAAAUGUGUAUUUUGUGAUUGUGACCCAGAGACUCUUGACCAUUUUACUUUGGGACUGCUCUUAUGUCAGAAGAUUUUGGAGUGAGUUAAAAAAAAUAUUUUAAAAGAAGCAACUAUUAAUGUUACUUUGAAAGACUGAUAUUGAUUUAUUUUGAAACACUUGAUAUGGACCCUGAUUUCACUUUCAUUGUUAAUUUGUUUAUCUUUCAUGGAAGAUUCUUUGUCCAUAAAAGGAAGUGGGCGGAGAACAAACCCCUCUUCACAUUAUUUAAGAUCGAAUUGGAAUAUUAUUUUGAAAUGAUCAGUAAAUGUAAAUACAAAAAAGCAAUAAGUACCAUAAAAGUAUUUAACAAACCGAAAAUGAUUCUUGAUAUGUAAUACCCCUGUCUGUUAGGUUUAUGUACUCUUGUUUGUAUAUUUCUGUAUCUGUUGUUCAUUUAAAAAAUAAAAAAAAUAGCGGGAUUUUUUUUUUCAAUGACCGGAAGGCAUACAUUUGCAAAACUCCCCCAAAAAAUGUACAAUGUUUUUGCUUUGUCUUCACAGGGUUUGUGUGUAGGUUUAUGAGGGGGGGAAACUAUUUCAUCCAUUUUAGAAUAAGGCUGUAACCAGGGUUGGGGAGUAACGAAUUAACAUGUAAUCCGUUACAUGUAAGGGAUUACAAAACGGUAACUAAUCCGUUACAUUAUCAGUAAAAAUAUUGUAAUCAGAUGACUGAUACUUUUGAAAAACAAUCUACAUGGUUACUUUGAGGAUUACUUUUACAUUCAGAAACGAUGUUUGCGAAUAAAAAUAUUUGACAAUU